AUAUCGGUGCGUCUGUGUAAAUGCCAACGCCGUCAUGUAUGAACAUGGUGCGGGAAGAGAGUUGCGAACAAUCUUGAUUUGCCGACCGACUCAAUAUAUAUAUAUAUAUUCCCGUUCCCAUUUUGCUCGAUAAUUCAAGCACAGAUAGAUUUUCCUUUCUCGUAUAAUCGCUGCCAUUUCCCAGAAUAAGAAGAAAGCCCAAAAAAUUUUCCAGAAUAAAGAGAAACAGUUUCCAACGACUGCAGAUUGAAGCUUUGUUCCGCCUUUUCUUGAUUCUCCGUUCACUUUUUUGUUUUUUCCGGCUUAUACUGUAACUUCACUGUAGAAGCUUUCAGAGCUUUUUGUUGCAGCUUCAGUUAAUAAGCCUAGUCAACUUGCACCUCAUGUUCUAAAUAAUAUAUAAAGGGAAAAUCUUACAGAGAAUUCAUCAAUGGCGGCUCCGUCAGAGGGGGAAACGUCCGCUCAGCUCAGUGUUGUAUCCAAGAGAAAGCGAAGCCUUCCCGGAACUCCCGAUCCGGAUGCGGAAGUGAUAGCUUUAUCGCCGAAAUCUCUUUUAGCGACGAAUAGAUUUGUGUGCGAGAUCUGUAGCAAAGGGUUUCAGAGGGACCAGAAUUUGCAGCUUCACCGGCGCGGCCACAACUUGCCGUGGACGCUAAAGCAGAGGGGCGGCAAGCCCAAGAGACGCGUGUACGUCUGCCCGGAGACCACGUGCGUCCACCACCACCCCUCCCGAGCCCUCGGCGAUCUCACCGGAAUCAAAAAACACUUCUGCCGGAAACACGGCGAGAAGAAGUUUAAGUGUGAGCGGUGCAGUAAGAAAUACGCCGUCCGGUCCGACUGGAAAGCCCAUUCCAAAACCUGCGGCACUAAAGAGUACCGUUGUGAUUGCGGGACGAUUUUUUCGAGGAAGGAUAGCUUUAUAACCCAUAGGGCCUUUUGCGACGCGUUGGCGCAAGAAUCCAUGAGAUAUCAGCCAUUAGAGGAACCUUCAAAAGUUGCGGCGCCGCCGCCGCCGUCCACGACGGCGACGUCUUCUUCCAGCCCCCCGCCUCCUCCUCUAACUCCGUCAACCGGAGUCUUGUCUCCGGUUGUUUCCGUCCAAAGCUCAGAUUUGGCUGAGAAUCAAAGUGGGCUUUCACACCACAAAAAGCCAACAUUGCCUCCCGUACCCACCGCCGGCGCCGGAGUGCCGUUAUUCUCAACGUCCAAUGUCAACGGCGAGGCUCUUCAGAGCGUGUUCGCGUCUUCAACCGUCGCCGGAGACUCGCGUCCGCCGCCGCCGGGAUCUGCCGGCGGGGGAAGUGCAGAGCCAAUGUUUCUCUCUCUAUCGUGUCCGAUUUAUCUCUCCGGCAAUGCGGCUUCAUCGGUGUUUCCAUGGGCGGCGUCCCGGCAGUUCGCGGCGCCUAGCCGGCCCCCGGCGGCGCUCUCGGCGACGGCGUUGCUGCAAAAGGCGGCGGAAAUCGGCGCGACGUCGUCUCACGGCUCGUUUCUCUGCAGCCUUGGAUUAGCGACGUCGAGCGGUUCUAAACCGCAAGAUGUGAAGCAGGAGAAUAAGUCAAUCUCGUCGCCGUCGUCUCCGACGAUGAUCUUCGGCAACAAUCCUCCGACGCUCGAUUUUCUCGGCGUGGGAGCGGGUGCGACUACUCCGCCUUCUUUUCUGGGCUCAAUGAAUAAUGGCUCCGGCGCCGGCGUGGCUUCUACCGGAGACUGCUGGGAUGACACCUCCGAUCGGAAAUUUGGUUUCCUUCAGCAAAAUAUAUAAUAAUGAACGCUUUUUUGUCCAUUCAGUUUAAAAUCGUAGUCGCAGGUGGAACUUCCUUUUGUCUGUAUAUAUUGUCAUUUGAUUUGAUUAUGUAGCUAGCUAACAGUGAUGAUUUAUAAUACUCCUUUUGCAAAUCAGAUAUUAUUAUGCAUAA